AUGAUGCACACAGGUCUCUCAUGCGAGGCGACACCAGCUGAAGUAGCACUUGUGCGUCAAGACUUGGGCUUUGUGCCCACGAACCUCGUUCGUGUGAGCGCCUUUGUUGACCACAACGGAUGCGCGUCGCGCAGUGGCGACUCGACGGAUUAUCGACCUGCAGUGCUGCUGCUGUAUCCGCUUCGGAAUGCCGAAAGUGCGUACAAGAAGAAGCAGCGCGCGCUCGUGGAGCCGUUUCCAACCAUCUACUGGCUGUCGUCACCACAGCUCAAGGCUCGUGUAUCGGCAUUAGAAGACCAGCAGUUUGUACUGACAUUGCAGCAUCGACUGGACACUGAUGAAGGCGCAAAGGAGAAAAUGGCACAAUGCCAUCGCGAGUAUGCAGCAGAGCGUUGGAACAUGAUGACGCCAGACGACGUGGCGCUUGUCAAGAGUCGACGGUGGGAGUUUGUCCUGCGUGACGUCGGAAUCGCUGGUAUCCGUGACUUUACGAACGUCAAGUGUCUCCACACCCACUACGCCCACUAUCUGGCCACAGGCAACAACCUCAUUGGCGAAUGGGUACAGGAACUGCUAACCGACGCACCCACCACUUCGAGCAACUGA